AACUGCCAAACGCAUCCCGCCACAGUCGACAUGCAGCGCCACGACUCCAAGUCGAUGCUCAAGAAGAUGGAAAUGGACUACGAUGCCCGCAUGGAAGAGCAAGUGGACGACCUGCGCGAGAAAAUGCGCCUCUUGCAGGUCGAUCGAAAAGGCAACGUCGAGUUGCUCGAAACGAACAAGAACUCCAACAAAGAUCUCAUUCGCCAGCUUAAACAAGAGAACAAAGAGCUGCGCAAAAAUGUGGCCGACAUGAAGCGGAACGAAACCCCGUUGAAUGGGGGACCGGUCGUGGUGGGCGAAGGCGACGAUGAGACGUCGCAGGUCGCGCUGCAUUUGACCAAAUGCCGCAAGCAAUACGACGACGUGCGGCAUAAGGUGGCGGCGCAAUUGGAAACCCUUGAGCAGCUCAAGGACAACGUCAAAGACUUGGAACUCGAGGCGAAGAAGCCGAGCAUGGAAGACACGCCCGAGACGCGCAAGAUUCGCAUGUUAGAGAACCGGCUGGACAAGGCCAUGAUCAAGUACAACGAGGCGCAGAGCAUCCGCAAAACGUAUGAGCAGAUCGUGAAGCGGCUCAAGGAAGAGCGCAUCGGGUUUGACAACCAGCUCGCGGCCAUCGAGCGCGCAGCGGCGGCAAAGAACCACGACUACGACGAGCUCGUCAUGUUGUCGGCGGACGCGGCGCACGCCAAGGACCUGACGGUCGCCGAAUUGGAGCGCGUGCGAUCCAAUUACGAAGAAGAGCGACGGUUGCGGGACAAGGAGUUACGGGAAAAGCAGCAAGUGGUCAAGAUGAAACUCGAUAUGAACGCACGACUGGAUCGUCGCGAACGACAAAAGCACGACCUUGUGGACGCCGAAGUCGACGUCUUGGCGCCGGACGAAGGGAAUGUGCUCAAGACCUCCCUGGCGCUCAACUCGUUGAAAGAAGGUCGGGUUGCGGACGAGAAGAAGGAACAUCGCAGCAAAAUCGACAUUUUCGAGUCGGCGUUCCGGAAAAUCAAAGAAGCCACCGGCGUCAGCGACGUGAACGAAGUGAUCCAGAAGAUUGUGAGCCAGGAGGGCACGACCGAGAACCUGAUGAUGCUCACGAAAGAAAACCAAGCACGCCUCGAGGCACUCCAGGCCGAGCACUUGCACUUGAAAACCCACGUCGAGGAACUCAAGUAUAGCGGCAGCGGUGGUGGCCACCGGCGGAAAAUGGUCGACGACCACGAAACCAAUCUGAACUUGGCCACGGCCAAGCUCGAGCGCGCGCGCGUCAAGUUCGAACGCGUGGCCAAGAUCCUCAUCAGCGUCAAGGCCGGCGUCGAGCACCUAGUCGACAAGAUCGAGUCGGUUCGAGAAGAUGGCAAGGCGAUCCUAGUUAACGACGACACAAUUGUCGAAGCACUGCACGAGAGCGAAGUGACGCUCUUGGGGCUUCUCGAGCUCACGGGAGCCACGGCAUCCCCGUCGUCUGGAGGCUCCGCCACCACCGCGCCCAUCGUGACGACAACAACAGAAUCCGCUUCGGUGAUCCCUGACGAUGAGCUGGCGGUGGGCAUUGCGCGGCCGUACAACCAGCGCAUCCCCCUACCCGGGGACGGCUUUCUCCCGGACGAGCUCAACGAUGACGACGGGCUGAUGUUGGAGGAAAACGACGACGCGCUGAGCCGCGACCGAGUCAAAAAGGCGUCGAAGCAGGUGUUAUUGGACCAGGACAAGCGCAAGAAGCGCGUGCAGAAAAAAGUGUCGUCGGCUGUGCAAGACACGGACGAGUUUGCAGCCGACGAGAUUACGGCCAUGCAGCUGAGUGCGGCGGCCACGGGUUUGCCGUCGACGCCAGCGAAGAAGAAGUAGACUCUACCGUUACUAGAAACUAUGGACAAACGCGUAUAUAUUAGAGCUCUUUCGAAUAUGUCGAUCCCGAGUGUUAUUCAUAAA